AUGGACGGUCCUCGGCUCCUUGAUUCUUCGUCAACCCCGGUCCUUCACAGCGACUCCAAUCCAGCAGCACUAUACAAGCGACUCCUCAACGGCCCCUCGCAUUCCCAAAUCGAGUUUGAGAAGACGCUCAUCGGAUCCUUGCCCGGUGUCGGGACAGAAGUCUGCCCUUUUCUCGUCAAUUUUGUCCACAAUGACCCCUUUGACCCCAUGAACCUCCCACCGGGCCAGCGCUGGGCCAUAUCCGCACUUGUCGCCAUCGGCGCGCUCAUAGUAACCUUUUCCAGCUCUGCCUACAACGGCGGCAUAUUGGACCUCAUGGCCCAGUUCCGCAUCUCCCGCGAGGUUGCCAUUGCUGGCGUCUCGCUCUACGUGCUCGGCUUCGCCGUCGGGCCGCUCCUGUGGGCGCCGCUCUCGGAAAUCCACGGCCGCCGCGGCGUCUUUGUCGUGUCCUUUGCCGGCAUGACCGUCUUCACGGUGGGCGCCGCCUGCGCGCGGUCCAUGGCCGCGCUGCUCGUCUUGCGCUUCCUGGCGGGGGCCACGGGCGCGUCGGUCAUGACCAACGGGCCCGGCGUCAUUGCCGACAUCUUCGACGCCUCGCAGCGGGGGCUGGCCACUGGGCCCAUCAUUGGUGGCUUUCUUGGCGAGGCCGAGGGAUGGCGCUGGCUCCAGGGCCUAAUGGCGAUUCUGUCCGGCGUCAUCACCAUCCUCGGCAUCAUCUUCAUCAAUGAGACGUACACUCCGGUACUCCUCCGCCAGCGCGCGGAACGACUUUCCCGAUUGACAGAUAAAGUGUACAUUUCCGCGCUCGAUGCCGGCCAGCCACCAGCGACGCCGGGACAGAAGCUCAAAGUCGCGCUUAUACGACCGUGGAUCUUUUUGUUCCGGGAGCCAAUUGUGCUGAUCGCCUCCAUAUACGUGGUGAUUGUUUACGGCACCAUGUAUCUUAACUUUGCGGCUUAUCCCAUCGUCUUCCAGCGCGGCCGAGGCUGGGGCAUUGGCCUCGGUGGUGUGGCGUUUACUGGCACCGCGAUUGGUGUUGUCUUGGCCACCAUCGCUGCGUAUGUCGACUACAAGCACUACAUCAGGAUUCAAAAAGGGACAAAGAAAAAUAUUCUUCCUCCCGAAUACAGACUCCGAUCAACCAUAGUUGGCUCAUUCCUCGUUCCUAUCGGUCUUUUCUGGUUUGCUUGGACGAGCCAACCCAGCAUUCAUUGGAUCGUGCCCAUCAUAGGCUCCGUGUUCUUUUCUUGUGGCUUGGUCAUGGUCUUCAUGUCUCUUCUCAACUACCUAAUCGAUUCAUAUGUCGUCUUUGCCGCGUCCGUCAUGGCGGCCAACUCGGUCUUGCGCUCAGUAUUUGGCGCCGCGUUCCCGCUCUUCACAAUCGACAUGUACGAGAAUCUUGGCCUUCAGUGGGCUGGAUCCAUUCCAGGGUUCCUUGCCCUUGCGUGCAUUCCAUUUCCGCUCAUCUUCUACAUAUACGGGGCUCGCAUCCGUAUGAAAUGCAAGUUUGCAGCAGAAGCAGCGCACAUCCUCGACACGAUGAUGAAGCAGAGCGCAGCUGCCAAAGCAGAAGCGACACCACCAGCAAACGAAGAGGCGAACAAAGACGCGACACUUUCGGGGCCAGAGUCAGAGUCUGUUUAG